AAAUAAAAAUUGUCCGUAAUCCUGAUUAAUACACACCUUAAGAGUAUUUAUCUUCUCUCGAAUGUCAAUUUUGUGAUACUACAUUGGAGAUAAGUGCCGGAUAAUUGGGAUUGAUUGAAGAUUGAAAAUGGGUUUUUUGCAGAACAAAUACUGGGUACUCAGACAUGGCAAAAGCAUUCCAAAUGACCAGGGUAUCAUCGUUUCUUCCAUGGAGAAUGGUGUACUUGACAAAUACAAGUUAGCCCCUGAAGGUAUUGAUCAAGCUCGAUUGGCUGGACAGACGUUCCUUAAGGAACUUGAGAAAAAUCACUUGUCGAUCAAAGACGUUCGAAUCUGUUACUCUCCAUUCUCAAGGACACGUCACACAGCUGAAAUGGUCGCAUCUGUUUUGGAUCUUCCCUUUGAAGGGCCUCAAUGUAAGGUUGUGAAAGAUCUCCAUGAACGUUACUUCGGACCAUCAUUUGAGCUUAUGUCUCAUGAUAAAUAUGCAGACAUAUGGGCACUCGACAAGAAGGAUCCAUUUCAGCCUCCAGAAGGUGGAGAAAGUGUUGCAGACGUUGUUUCUAGACUUACAAAUGCUCUGCUAACCAUAGAGGCAGAAUUUAAAGGGUGUGCAGUCUUGGUUGUCAGCCAUGGCGAUCCUUUGCAGAUUUUGCAGACAAUACUAAAUGCAGCUAAGGAUACUAAAGGAUCAGAUAGUAACGACUUGACAUCUAGAAUUCAGGCUGUCAAGUUACCAUCGAUAAUAUCACAGCAUCGGAAGUUUGCUUUGCUAACAGGAGAAAUCCGAGCGGUUAUAUGAUGGCGCUUUACUUGUGUCCCGCCAAAUCUUAUAGUAUGUCAUAGUCAUAAGAGUGGCCUGAAAUUUGUCUUGUUGGGCUCAUCUAUUUAAAAGUCUGAUACAGCUGAUUUAUUUCUUUAGAACUUGUGACUUAUAGUUAUUUGUUGAAUCUAAAAUUUGAUGUAAACAU